UUCGAGGCUCCGUCCCGUGGCCGGUGCAGGCAGUGGCCUCCCCGUUGUUUCGGUGAGAGCACGUGUCCGCUGUCCUGCAUAUUACUGGCUGAAGAUGAGACUGUGGCAAGGCUUGUGCCAGCUGGUUCUGGCUGCGGCUGCGUUGGGUCAGCACGCUGGCCCGGUGGCCGACCACGCCUAUGCUGGGUGGGUCGAGCUGGAGGUGAUGUCAUCCACCCCGCUGGCCGUCCUGGAGAACUUGGGACGCCCCGGACAUGUGAACUUCCUCGGCUUCGCCAGGGAAAAAGGAGCAACUGUAUUCGCCGUGUCUCAAGAUGAGCUGCUUCACUUUGCGCAGAAACUAGCGGGUGCGGGCGUGGUUUUCCAGAUCCAGAGUCGAGAUCUCUCCCAACUGAUGUUGACCCCUCUUCGUUAUAGCCAAAAGGGGGAACUCCCGAAGGGCAACGUUACUUUUGAUCGCUAUAUGAACUACGAAGAGAUACUGUCAUACGUAGAAGAGUUACCCAGCAAGCACACCGACAGGGUUAAUUUAGAGGAGCUUGGUCGCAGCGUCGAGGGCAGACCCAUAUACCUUAUCACAAUUAAUAGGAACAAUAACUCUCGCAGAACUGAGAAGCCUGUCAUAUUCAUUGAAGCAGGAGCGCACGCGAGGGAGUGGGUGUCCCCGGCCGCGGCGCUGUACCUGAUGGAGCGCCUGCUGGAGAGCCCGUCCCUCCUGCGCAAUGCCGAGUGGCGCGUCGUCCCGCUGCUCAACCCCGACGGCUACGUCUACUCCUGGAACCAUGACCGUCUGUGGAGGAAGAACCGGGCCCCCUUGUCUGACCCCGAGUGUUUCGGCGUCGAUCUGAACAGGAACUUCGCAUACCACUGGGGAGAGGUUGGCGGUAGCAUCAAACCCUGUUCUUCCGUCUACCAGGGUCCUCAGCCAUUCAGUGAACCCGAGACACAAGCGCUUAGGGAUGCUGUCUUUGAAGUUCAGAACAGAACUAAGGCCUAUGUGUCGCUUCACUCAUACGGGCAAGUGUUCCUGUAUCCUUGGGGUUACACCACAACACUCAACCACUCUAACACAGAAGAACUGGUGGCCAUUGCAGAAGGAAUGGCAAGGAAGAUAAAAUCUGCAAAUUACACCAUUAGUGGCAGUACAAGCACAUUCCUGAUAGCAGGAGCCUCAGAUGACUGGGUGGCGAGCCUGGGCGUGCCCUUCGUAUACACCAUGGAGCUCAGGGACACAGGGAAAUCGGCCUUCCAUCUUCCCGAAGAGCUGAUCGUCUCAUCGGGAGAAGACCUUUGGGCAGCCAUGAAAUAUCUUGGAAGGCAACUUGAGAAGAAGAAGAAGAAACAUCGUGGAACUAGGAACUAGUGACAGUUCUCUGGACAAAGAGCAACUUGGAGAACAAGGCCUCUAUUUUGUCUUGUAGAUUAGGAACCUCUUUUGUCAUAUGUAUUUUACUUGGAAAG